GAAGAAGAGGAGGAAGAGGAAGAAGAGGAGGAGGAGGGUGACGCCGAGAGGCGCUGCAAAGCGAGCAAACUGGAGCUGGACGAGCGAAUGGAGUCGCUCGCCGAGCGUCGAAUAAUCUUCACCGGGCAGAUGCGCUUCCCGGAACUUGGGCUUCACGGCGUGGACAGCCAGACGGACGGUUUCCAGGACGUCGGCUUCUUGAGCGGUCUGACCAAAUGGUCGCCCCCCUGCGGACAGACGCCCGAUCUGCGGCUGGCCGCCGACAAGUUCCUUCCCGGCCUGCAGCAGUCAAGUCUCCUUUCAGCCGCCGUGGCUGCCGCCGUUGCUAUGCCGGGCAAAUCGAUGGGCGGUCUCGUCUACUCCAUGUCCGCGUCGGCGUCGCCGUCGUCGUCGUCACCACCGCCUCCGCCAACCUCGCUGCCAGCGCCGCCUUCUACGCCUCCGCUCAGCUCAAGUCCGUCGUUGUCGGCCGGCGGGGGCGUCCUGUCGCCGUUGCAUCUCACCCCCCUCGGGCCAGCCUCGUGCGGGCCGCAUUCGCGAGGCCUUCGGCUGCCGGACGAGACCGGACCCUUCGACUUGGAGCAGCGCAGCAGCGGCGUCGUCCACCAUAAGCCCAUCUCCACCCCCUCCACCAUCUCCACCACCUCCACUGCGUCCGCCACCUGCACCACUUCUGCCGCCCCCUCCAUGCCCCCGAAGCCGGCCUCGACCGGCAGCCCGGCCGGCCUGUACGCGUCCGGCGCCUACUCCGCCGCACAGACAAGCCCUCCGCUGCCUAACGACGCGAGAACCUCGCCCAGACCGACCAACGGCCUCAGCCUCUCCUCGAUGGCGCCCCACCUCUCGGCCCAUUUGGCCGGUCUGCAAGACUUUGUCAGUCCUGCCGGAGGUAGCACCGCCCCCACCACCACCACGACCACCACCACGACCACCAUUACCAAUAAUAAUAAUCAUCAUAAUCAUAAUAAUAAUAAUAAUAAUCAGAACAACAACAAAAAUGAAGACACCGGCAGCCACAACAAAGACAGCAGCCCUUUCCCGCGAUUUGCAAAGCAUUCGGCAGAUGCGUCUGCGCUAUCCGGUCGACAGGCGGGCGAGGCCGCGGAGAUUGAGUUGAAGGCGUGUCCGGCGUCCGGAAUGGGCGGACGAGAGGACGAACUGGUGCUGUCCAUCGGCGAGGCCGGCUCUCCGCAACUGCACACCUUCCCCUUCCUCCCGGCGCCAGGCCUGCUGAUGCCGGCCGAGGCUGCCGGCAUGUCGGAGCACCAGUUCCAGACUCAUCUGCACCAGCAUCAACAACACCAACAUCACCUCCACCACCACCAC